AUGAGUCUUCUAUCAAAUCUCGCGCGACUCUCACUUCUUCCAACUCGAUCCCUCCAUCAAACAAUCCCAAAUGCAUCGUCGGUCUUCAUGAAAAGACAGAAGAAAAUUGAUCCGGAGGUAGCAAAACAACGAGAAGCUCGUCGUCGUAAGCGUCUCGAGAAGGAUAUCCGCCAGAUGCAGAAGCACUCGAAGAAACCGAAACCAGUCGAUGAGCUCACUCUCGAUGUGAAAUCUGCUAAAAAUAUUGAAGAACGCCGCCGACCGCCCACCAAGCUCACUUUGGAGGAAAUCGACGAGAGAGCGAUUGCGUUGAAGAACUACUCUCGCUCCCGCCUCGCCCUGCAACGAGAAGACGACAAAUGGAUUCGCGGAGCCAUCGAAUCGCAACGAAAAGCGCUCGCCGAGCUGAAAAAGUUGUCUCCUGAGCUGUACACUUCCGCCGUCCAACCAGCCGCCAACGAUUUGCCACUGACGAUCCAUGGACCCUCUCUGACGCCGCCAAUCAAGAAUUAUGAGGCACCCGAUGGAGAUUAUAUCGAUACGACGAGAAAUUGGGCGUCUUAA